AUGAAUAUUACUGAAAAUAAACAUUCACCAAUGAAUAAUGAUAAUUCAUCAAUAGGUCUAAUCAUAGAUGAUGAUAGUAGUAAUAAUCAUGAGAAACAAAGAUCUUCGUUAAAUUCUUCUAAUUCUUUAAUACAUUUCAAAACAAAUUUCAAUACUGAAAAUCCAUUUGGUAUUUUUUCAAUGUGUUUAUCACCAUCCAAACUAUUUCGAUCUCAUUCACAUAUCAAUCAUCGAUUUGAUCUUGCUCAAUCUUAUCCAACGUUAUCCCAUGCUUAUUUUGCUAAUAUUGCUAAAUAUACAGAAAACAAUAGAACUUCAAUAAAUAAUAACUUAAGCUGUGAAGUUUGUGGUGAUGUUUCCAGUGGUAAACAUUAUGGUAUCUUAUCAUGUAAUGGUUGUAGUGGAUUUUUUAAACGAAGUGUUAGACGAAAAUUAAUUUAUCGAUGUCAAGCAAGUACAAGCAGAUGUGUUAUUGAUAAAGCUCAUCGAAAUCAAUGUCAAGCUUGUCGACUUAAAAAGUGUUUACAAAUGGGAAUGAUAAAAGAAGCUGUACAAAAUGAACGUCAACAACGUAGUGAUACUCAAAUUCGAAUAGAUUCAAUUGGUUGUCAUUAUGAUCAUACUGGAACAACAAUAUCUGUUAUGCACCAUCGUCCUUUUCAACAAACAAAUUUGACAUCCGAUUCAACAUCUUUGACAAAACAAGGCGCUAAUAAUUUAGAUGAAACAGUUCAUACAAUAUCAUCACAAAUUCUUUUGAUGAUUAUCAAAUGGAUACGUAAUUUACCAACAUUUUUAAAUUUACCUAUUUGUGAUCAGUUGAUUUUAUUGGAAGAAUCAUGGUCAGAAUUAUUUCUUCUUUGGGCAAUACAAUAUUCUAUAUCAUUGGAUGAUGAAAAUCCAAUUUUUCAUAAUGUACUUCAUCGAGAAAAUGAAAAAUUAAUCAAGAAUGUCUUUUUAAUUUUUAAACAAUUAAAACUUGAUCCAAUUGAAUUUGCUUGUUUAAAAACAAUCGUUCUAUUUCGCUUUGAUAUUCGAACAUUGAGAGAAGUUAAAUUAAUUGAAAAUUUACAAGAUCAAGCUCAAAUAACAUUAGCACAAUUUAUACAAAUUCAUAAUCCGACACAACCAACACGUUUUGGUCGAUUGCUUUUAACAUUACCAUUACUUCGUAGUAUACCGUCAAUAUUCAUUGAAAAAACUUAUUUUUCACGUACAAUUGGUAAUAUAUCCAUGUCAAAAUUACUUUCAGACAUGUUAAAAAAUUAA